AUGAUUACUGUUAAUUUUACUGGCCUUGUUUUUAUUCUUUUUCUAUGUAGUACUUUUUGUAAUAGUUAUCCAAUUGAGAAUGACGAAAAUGAAACAAAUGAUGAUGAUUUCAUUGAACAUUAUGCUAUUCAACGUGCACUUUCUAGUCAUGGUCAUUAUCCAUUAAUGAACAAACCAAUUUAUAUUGAUAUUCCUUCAUUUUCAAAUAGACAUAAUUUUGAAUUAGAAGAACCAUAUUUAGAUUGGCCUGAAAAAAUGCGACAUACAAUGGAAAAUUCACGAGAGAAACGUUUUUGGCUUUUUGCUAAAAAAGAUGAAAAUGAUAAAGAUCUUGAUUUAGAGGCUAAUUUAAACAAACAACAAAAUUCUUUAACACAAGGAUUAUGGCGAUCAGGUAUUGUUGGACGUCGUCGUCGUCGAUGA